AUGCAUUUCCUAGCUAUUGUGUCGGUCCUAUCAGCUGGUCUGGUGUCGGCCUACGAUUUGCCUGAUAACCUGCAGCAGAUUUACAACAACCACAAGUCCGGAAAAUGCAACAACAAGCUCGCAGGGGGAUUCACUGAUGGAAUCGAUGGCGCCAAGACCUUUGCGUAUUGUAGUGACAUUGAGGGUGCCAUCUACCUUCACAGCUCUGGAAAUGGUGGUCAAUACGACAACAUGGAUAUAGACUGCGAUGGACUGAACAACACAGGUGGCGAUUGUGGCUCUGACCCGAGUGGUCAAGGUGAAACUGCUUUCAAGGAUCAGCUGAGCCAGUAUGGUAUUCAAGACUUGGAUGCAAACGUGCAUCCCUACAUUGUCUUUGGAAACUCCAACUUUGACCCUCAAAAGUAUGGCAUGGCGCCAUUGAGUGUUAUGGCUGUUGUUUGUAACAACCAGGUGUUCAGCUGUACGGUAUCUGGGGCGACACCAAUGGAUACGACUCGACCGGAGAAGCCUCCAUCUCGCUUGCUCAGAUGUGCUUCCCCAACGAAGGGCUUAAUGGGAACAAUGGACAUGGACCCGAUGAUAGGGUUCAUUGGUCAGGAUGCUGUUCCGGGCAGUAGCGCAAACUGGAAGGCUGGGGACCGCAACGCUUUCGAGGAUAGCAUCAAGGAGUUGGGUGACAAGCUUGUGUCUGGACUGAAGGUCUAG